GUCCUGCAGUCAGCUGACGGCUCGGCCAGAGCAAGUGCAAAGUCUGCAGCGACACAUCUCCAUCUUUUUUUUUUCUUCUCCCAAAGAGGAUUUAUUUGAAGGCUGUUUCAUCAAUGAUGCCCGCGGACACGAUGGAAAAACAGACGGCGUCUCCUGUUGCCGGUGCGCCUGCAAACAGAUCACACACACCGGACAAACCGAAAAACGCCAGCGAGCACAGAAAAUCAUCCAAACCCAUCAUGGAAAAACGCAGGAGAGCCAGAAUAAAUGAGAGCCUCGGUCAGCUCAAGACCCUCAUCCUGGACGCACUUAAAAAAGAUAGCUCCAGACAUUCCAAACUGGAGAAAGCUGACAUCCUGGAAAUGACAGUGAAGCACCUGAGGAACCUGCAGCGCAUGCAGAUAAGCACAGCUUUGUCAGCCGACGCCUCCGUCCUGAGCAAAUACAGAGCCGGAUUCAACGAGUGCAUGAACGAGGUCACGCGCUUUCUGUCCACCUCGGAGGGCGUGAACGCGGAGGUGAGGUCGCGGCUCCUUAACCACCUGUCCAGCUGCAUGAGUCAGAUGAUGUCCAUCAACUACCCGCCGCAGGCCCCGUCCCAGCAGGCGCACCUGGCGCAGCCGCUUCACGUACAGCUUCCAUCCACGCUGCCGAUCAGCGGCACCGCCGCGAGCUGCAAACUCAGCCCGGCGGAGGCCGUCUCUCCUAAAGUGUUCAGUGGAUUCCAGCUGGUGCCCGCAACCGACGGACAGUUCGCAUUUUUGAUCCCCAACCCGGCUUUUGCCUCCGCCACGGCGCCUGUCAUCCCGCUGUACGCAAACACGGGCGUGCCAGUUGCGCUCAACGCCAGCCCGGUGCACGGCAGCUCGGCGCCGCCCGCAGCGUCUCCGGUUCACGGUAUAACGUCCUUCUCCGCGGGGUCCCAGGCGGUCAGUCCUGUGGGGGUCAGCUCUGGCUCGGACAGCAGCGAGCCUGUGUGGCGGCCUUGGUAGCGCAAGAUGCGUGGGAUCGAACAGACUUUUCCCAAAAAUGGGACAAUAACUGAAAACUUCAGCCUAAUUCAUCGUUUCGUUUUAUGGAACAAAGUUCGCCUCAAGUGGCAUGUUUUUUUUUUUGUUUUAAGUUAUUGUCUGAUUCCAAAAUUUGGAUGUUGGUGAUAAAUAUACUGUACAUACAGAUGGCAAACCUUUUGUUGUUGUGAAGUUUUUUGAAAAAACAAUUAAUUUAGUUUUGUAUAAAGUUAUUAUACCAAAGCUGUGUUUUAUAUUGUUCCUGUUGUGUUAAUAGGUGAAGCUGGGAGACGAAUGAUUGUUUUAAUAAAUGAGAUUGCAGAUAGCAAAUGUUUG